AUGAAUGACGGUGCACUCGUCAUUCGUGGGGAGAAGAUUCCGUCGCGAAAUGUAGGCGGUGUUGGUUUUGUUGUGCGCCCAUCUGUCGUCCAUCUCGUCGAUUCUCACGAGAUCCUGUCACCUCGUCUGGCCAUUCUUCGCCUCCGCCCUCUGCGCCAAAAAUCCAUCAGUAUCAUCAACUGCUAUUCACCAACACCAGCAGCUGAUGAUUCCGAAUUGGACGCGUUUUACGAGGAGCUGGAGGAAGUAGUCCACAACGAGAAGUCCUUUUACAAAUUCGUUAUCGGAGACUUCAACGCAAAACUAGGAAAGGCCACAGAAGAGGAAUACAGGAUUGGAAGAUUUGGACUAGGGACCGGAAUGAAAAUGGCAAUCGUCUCGCCGGGCUGUUGUCCGCCGCUCGCCUCUUUCAUGGGAACUCUCUUUUCAUGA